AUUUUAUUUGACAAAACAAUUAAUAAAACAUAACUUAAAAUAACAAAAAUGGAAGAAGAAACUCUCAAACAAUACAUGAACGAAUACUAUAGAGGCUUUACAGGUUUUGAGUUGGAACACUUAGAAGACUUCGCAAAAUGUUUAAAAGAAUACAAAGAAUUUAAUCUAGCAGACUACGAGAUAGCACAUUUGGAUAACGACAUUUUAUUUCCGCCAGGUGAUAUUAAAAUAGGAGUCCGAGAUGCCAGAACAACAUCCAAGAGCAAUAUAAGCAAAAAGAUUUUAAUGGAUAUCGCAGUCUUCACAAUGAAAAUGGGCGGCGAAAACGUUAAAAGAAUUUUAGAAACAAUCCUCUUGGAAAAAUCUUGCAAGGACACAGCAACAACAAAAGACGCAACAGGCGAAAAUACAACAGAAAAAGAAAUAGAUAGAGAACUAAUUUCAAAUUUUGUAAAAGAAUAUAUGUUCUCAUUUUAUAAAAAUUUUUUUGAGUUCGAGAAACAACAUGUAGAUGACUUUGUAACAGCUAUCAAAAAUAAAGAGCAAGUCAACUUGGUAAAUUAUGAAACAGAACAUUUAGAUGAAGAUUUACUCAUAAGAAGGGGAAGGACGCCACAAGGAGUUAGAGACAAAGAAAAAAAAAUGGGUGUCGAUGUAAUCAAAGACAAUCUAAUGGAUAUAGCGGCCUUUACAAUAAAAAAGGGUGCAGCCAUUACUACGAAAAUUUUGAUUUCACUAGGUUACGACCACUUCGAAAAUCUUCAAAGAAAAGACGCUGCAGUAGAAGAAUUAAGAAAGACAAAGGAUGAAUUAAAUUCCCUAUUAGCUAAACACAAAGAAGACAAAGAAAAGAUAGACGAUUUAGAAAAGGAAAAAAAGAUAGCAGAUGAAUGAAUAAGAAGUCUAGAAAAUGAGAUGAUAAAAUUAAAAGAAUCAGAGAAGAAAAAGAUAACGAGUGAGAAUACUAUAUCAAGUAA